AAGUUAUUGUUGGCGUUAACAACAAUAUAUGUCGAAACUUUUGCGGGGGAGUUUCGCAGUUGCACAGGCGAGGCAGUGUGUAAAUUCUUGGCUUAACGCCGGCCGGAAUUCCAGAGUUUUUACGCCAGUUCCAAGAAAUCAACCGAAAAUGUUACGACGAGCGUCGGUUAUGGUGGAGAAGCUGGCCGACCCGGAGACCAUCUGGAAGAUGGCCCAUCCGGGUAAAACCCACAGCAUGGCGCUGCCCAUCACGGCCUGGUACAUUGGGGCGGGGAUCGUGGGAUUCCUGCUGCUGCCCCUUUUUAUUCCAUUUUCCAACUUAAUGCUGGUGGUCAUUCCAACCGUCACAGUGGUGACCUUAAUCCACUUCUUCUUCUACUCGUAUCCGCAAUGGCCACUGAAAACCCGCAUCCGCCAGUAUAUCACUUCGCGUAUCUUCCACUUCUACGGCAUGUAUCUCAGCUGGCAGUACCACAACGAUUCCAAGAAACUCCACCAUACCCAGGAGCAGACUCUGUUGGCGCUGCUGAAGGAGAACGCGACCACACAGUACUCCACCGAUCACAAUCUGGGCAAUAUCACCAGUAUCGAAGACUUCCGUGAGCGCCAUCCCAUUAUUAAGUACGAAUACAUUCGGCCCUACGUGGAGCGGGAGAUGCAGGGCACGCGCAACCAGCUGACCAAACGGAAGCCCACGUAUUUCGGGAAGACGUCCGGGACAACGGGAUCACCCAGUAUUGUACCGCAUACACGCUUUACCGGACUGCAGCAGCUGGGGAAUUUGGCGCUGUUCAUGUACAAUGCCGACAAUAAGGUGCAAUGGUCGGAACUGCACUGGAUGCGUCCGGUAUGGAAAGCGUCCUACACUCCGCCGCGCAUCAUCGAGAAGACGGAGAGCGGCGUCCUGCGUGGACCUGUGACAGCCAAUCCCAUCUGGACGAAGAUGGGCGAGAUCUACACCGUACCCAGCAUUGCCUUCCAAAUCGAGGAUGCCGGCGCCGGUGGCUACGUGCAGAUCCUCUUUGCGCUGCGCUUCCGUGAACUGGGCGCCAUCGAGGGUAUCUUCGCCUCGCUGGUGUACUUUGCUUUCCAGCGGAUGGAGUCCGAGUGGAAGGAUCUGGUCAAUGACAUCCGCCACGGUACCCUCAAACCCGAUCCCAAAGUGCCGCUGCAUAUUCGCCAGGAACUGCUGAAGCAUCUGCGCCCGGAUGCGCAGCGUGCCGACGAAUUGGAGAUUGAGUUUAAUAAAGGAUUCGAAGGAAUUGGCAGUCGAUUGUGGCCGGAAUUAGGAAUUAUCAACUGCAUCACAACCGGGGCUUUUGCUAUUUACGCCAAAUAUUUACGAGAGUUCUACUGCAAAGGUAUUCUGUUGUACUCAACGUGCCUGGCAUCGACGGAAGGCUUCCUAGGAGCGAAUUUCUGGCCGUUCAACCAACCCAUCCCUCGCUACUCGAUCCUGCCUCGCACGCACUUUUACGAAUUCAUCCCCUUGGAAGAGAUCUCCAAACCGGACCCGGAAACCGUAUUAGCCGAUGAGUUGCGCAUUGGUUCCGAUUACGAACUGGUCAUCACUACUGGCUCCGGGCUGUGCCGUUACCGCAUGGGUGAUUUGAUUCGCGUGGUCAGCUUCUACAAUCAGGUUCCACUUUUUGAAUUCGUUUCCCGAGCGAGUGCCAUGCUGAGCAGCAAAGGUGAAAAGAUCACAGAAGAACUGAUCUAUUCCUGCUUGUCAAUCGCCGAAAAAGAACUAAAGGCUGCCGGCAAACUGGAACGUAUCGCCGAUUAUUCCAGCUGCGAAAGUGUUUUAAUGGAGAUGGUGAAAGCGCCUCUCACACAGAAAGGCUCACAUCACAUCUAUUUCGUGGAGAUGGUACCGACCAAACCCGAUGCCGAUGUGAAAGAACUGGCUAAGGAGCUAGCCGAAAAGAUUGACCAUGAGAUCGCCAAACGCCAUUUCCGCUACAAGGAGCUGCGCGAAAUCAAUUCUCUAAGUCCUCCAGUGGUAGCGCCGGUCAAAGCCGAGGCCUUCCACCGUCUGAAAGAGUACAUGCAGAUGACCUCCACGGCCUCCUUCGCCCAAAUUAAAAUUCCUCGCGUCCUCGCCAAGCAGGAACUUCUCAAGUUUUUGCUCAAUGAACGACUCUAAAUUACAAGCGUUGCUUUAACCGCGAAUGAGAAUUGCUUCAAUUCUGAGCAUAGUUUGUCGACUUUUUUUUCGUUUUCAACAGUGUUCCCUAAAUGUUUGUUUAUAACUAAUUUUUUAUUGUUUUAUUUGCUAACAGUUUCGGUGUCCUUGCUAGCUGCUGCACAUCUGUUUGUAGCUGAAUCGACAAAUAAUAUCCACAGCGAACAUCAA